AUGGGCUACACACACUACUAUACCAUCGUCGGCUGGGACACUCCUGAAUGGCAGAGGGCUUGGGUGCAGCUGAUCGAAGCUGUCCGCAAAAUCAUCGAAGAAGCCAAAAUCCCCCUUAGCGGCCCAACCCAGUAUGACGGCAAGAUCACAUCGGUAGUGGCGAAUUGCGACGACGGAAUCUAUCUGAACGGAAUCGGGGAACACGCACACGAGCCGUUUGUACUCUGUGAGCCGGGCGCUUGGGCUUUCUGCAAGACAGCUCGAAAGCCGUACGAUGAUGUCGUUUCAUCCAUCCUUCUGAGGGCUUGGAUGUUAGCACCAAAGAACGUUGACAUUGGUACUGAUGGUGAAUAUGAUGACUGGGCGCGCGCGCGUGAACUCUGCGAGACUUUGUGGCCCGACGAGUCUACCGAGGGCUUCUGGGUAAAGCUGAAUUAA